AAACCAGGAGUAUUCUUGAGGAGACUCUUUAAGAAGAGAGGAGGGGACUCCGAAUCGUUGGAGACUGGGGGGUCGUGCGUAGGGUUCCAGGACCGCCCCUGUCCCCAAAAAAUGUCUCCCCCGACGGGACUGCUCCUCUCCCGCGAGCGUGUGGACCUGCUCUACAUCUCCAUGGAGACGGCGAUCGCGCUGGCCUCGGUGCUGGGCAAUGUGCUGGUGAUCCUGGUGGUGGCCCUAAAUCGAGCCCUGCGGGACCCCACCUUCUGCUUCAUCGUCUCCCUGGCGAUCGCGGACAUCGCCGUGGGAACGCUGGUGAUCCCGCUGGCGGUGGUGAUCAGCCUGGGGCUGAGGACGCAGUUCUUCACCUGCCUCUUCCUCUCCUGCCUGCUCCUCAUCAUCACCCAGAGCUCCAUCCUCUCCCUCAUGGCUAUCGCCGUGGACCGCUACCUGCGCGUCAAGAUCCCCACCAGGUACAGUGUGAUCGUGACGGAGCGCCGGGCCUGGGUGGCGGUGUGCGUGUGCUGGCUCCUCUCCGCUCUCACGGGCAUGGUGCCCCUGCUGGGCUGGCACAACAAGGACCCCAGCGCCAACCUCACCCGGGGCACCAUUAUCUGCCACUUCACCACGGUCAUGAGCAUGGACUACAUGGUCUACUUCAACUUCUUCGGCUGGGUGGUGGCGCCCCUCUGCAUCAUGAUCGGCCUGUACGGCCAGAUCUUCUACGUCAUCCGGCGGCAGCUCAACCGCCGGGCGGAGGCCACCUGCGACGCCAGCCGGUACUACCGCAAAGAGCUGCGGCUGGCCGAGUCGCUGGCCCUGGUGGUGCUCCUGUUCGCCCUCUGCUGGCUGCCGCUGCACGUGAUGAACUGCGUCGACUUCUUCGGCCCGGGCCGCGCGGCGGUGCCCAAGAGCGCCGUGUACGUGGGCAUCUUCAUGUCGCACGUCAACUCCGCCGUCAACCCGCUGGUCUACGCCUUCCGCAUCGAGCGCUUCCGCGCCACGCUGGUGCAGAUCUGGCGGCGGUGCGUCCUGUGCCACGCCUCCAGUGCCGCGCCCGGCUCGUGCCGGCCCUGCUCCCCCGCGCCCGCGCCCCCUCCGAAACGGCCGCUCGCCGAGAAGCCGCCCGCCAACGCCAACGGCAACCAGGAACAUCAAGGCUGA